CUGGAUCUGGUUUAGCCCCCGUGGGACUAGGCCACUCCUGGCAGGCACUAAACCCAGUCGGUCAUCCGGAGUAGUCAGCCGUCACAUGACCAUCCUCGGGCCCGACCUUCCGUUUCAGCCGGAGCCCAAACACGAUCGAAACUCCCCCUCAGGCCAGCGAGUGCAGCAGCCACGAACGCGCCAUGGCGCUGCAGAAACACUCGUGUACGACGUGUGCCCGGCGCAAGAUCAAGUGUGACAAGCUGAGUCCCUGCUCGUCCUGCACUAAGACCCGCCGUGAGUGUGUCUAUCAUCCCCCGGCGCAGUCGCAGCGGCAUCGCAAACGCCCCGCCGACGAGGAUCUGCUGUCGAGGAUUAGUGAGUACGAGGAUCUGCUGAGGAAGCAUCAUGUUCCCUUCCAGCCAUUUGAUAAUUCGUGGAUUCCUUCGCCGUUGGAAAGACUGGUCGUCGCCACGCCGGAGCAGCCUCAGAGGGUACAGUGUCCGGCGAAAGAGGUGCAGAAAGACUUGCGGCAAUCUGACGCCUCUCGUCUCUGGGGGGAAUUACCAAAGGAGUUACGAGAUCUCUCCAUAGAUUCGUUCACCCGACCCAAAGAUCCAGAUGAAGACGCAGGCACCGCUCUGAGCUCGUCUCUGUUGAUCCCGGUCACUCUCCACGAGAGGAACAGCCUGCUAGAGCGGCAUCCACAGCCUCGGCAUAUCUUUGCGCUGUGGCAGGCCUUUGCAGAGAACGUCUGCCCGUUGGCCAAGAUCGUCCACACCCCGACGCUGCAGCAGCAGAUCUUCGAGACCUCGUGGCGGCUGGAGACGGCGACGCGACCGUUGGAAGCACUCCUUUUUGCCAUCUACGCACUGGCGAUCACCUCGACAAACACUGGGGACUGUAUCCGCCUGUUUGGAGAGACCAGAUCAGUUCUCCUCCAUCGAUAUCGCUCGGCAGCCGCAGAGGCCCUCAUCGCUGCGGAUCUACACGCUACCAGAGAUUUACAAGUCUUGCAAGCUUUUGUUUUAUUCUUGUUGGUCAACCCCCGCUCCGAUCUGUCAGUAACAUCGGUCGCCAUGGCUGUCCGCAUCGGACAGAUGAUGGGCGUGAAUACAGUCGAUCCUGAGAUCUCCUUCUUCGAGCAAGAACUGCGUCUGCGAUUGUGGUGGCAGAUUCUUGAACUGGAACAGCGCGCUCGACGAAGAGUGUUUGGCCUAAGAUUCAAGAUGACCGAAUACGUCAACUUGCCUCUUCCCACGAACCUGAACGACGCUGAACUGCAUCCAAACAUGGGGAAACCGAGCUUUGAUGGAGUGAGAGACCGACCGACCGAUAUGCUAUUCUGUUUGGUCAGGUCCGAAAUAGUUCAGUACCUUCACGUCGAAGUUCCCAUCAACGCUAUCGACCUGGUUUUCUUGACGACCCCCGACGGAAUGGCACAAAAGAGAAAGGCUGUGAAUGAAAUCCAGCGUAUCAUUGAGGAUAAGUAUCUCCUCUCGUGUGACGCUAAUAUCCCGUUCCAUCAUCUCUGCAUCACUGCCAUCCUCGCUCGCAACCGGAGAAUGGCAAGUACAUGUCUGAAGUUGAACAAGAAGAGGUUUUUGAAAGCGCUUUGCGUAUCCUGCAACUUAGCACGGCCGUGCAUACCACACACUACGCGAAACAGCUGCUGGAACCUCUAUUCACCCGGUCGACGUUCAAGGCCUUGGUGUAUGUGAUAAGCGAACUGCGAGUCCGAGUGACGGGAGAGAUGGCAGGCACGGCCUGGGAGAUCAUCCAGAUGAUCUAUCGCGACCACUCGGCCCUAUUGCUCCAGGACACGCUUUUCAAUUCUACUCUGGCCGGUUUGGCUGUGCAGGCUUGGGAAUGCAGACAACGCUGU